AUGUGUAAGAUGUUUCGGAUCGCUCUUUUUUUAUUUUUUCUAAAUUUGUGCAUAUGUGAAAGCGAUAAAAAAUUAUCGAAUGAAAUCAAAGAGUAUGAAAAUAUACAUGAUGUAAAACAUAAUUUACGUUAUGACUUUUCAUCUAAAAAUGAUUCCUCACAACAUAAAAGGAAUCAUCUAAGGAUAAAAGACGAUAUUAAAAAUAAUUAUGCUGAAAGUAAUACUGAAACGGUAGAAACUGUAGAUAUUGCUGCUGAUUCAAAUAGAAAAGGCAUCAAAAAUUUUGCAGAUGAUGGUUCAACCACAUCAACUCGUGCAUCUGCUAUGCAUAAACAUCUGAAUGUACUAGGACAAAAAGGUGCCAAUCCACAGUCAGAACCACAACUAUCAAAAAAUAAUCUAAAGUUUGAACAACACAUUUGGGGAAAUGAUUCAGACACUGAAGAAACUCGGGUGGAUGAACUUAAAGCGAAAGAAGGUGGAGGAGAAGAUAAUCCAGAGAAAAGGGGUCAAGAAGAAACGGAUCAAGCGGAAAGGGGUAAAUCCAAAGAACAAGCAGAAUCAGAUAAUGACAGAAGGGAUGGAGUAGUUAAAGAUGGCACAAAAGACAUUGCAAGAGAUGUGGAACAAAAAGAACAAAAAGAACAAAAUCAUGAACCUGGAGAUGUACAAAUUGAAUCCAGACUUUCAGAACCAGGACAAACACUAGAUGGGAAACAAGUGCAAGAAUCAGUUGCACGUGAUGCAUCAUUAACAACACAAGAAGCAGGGCAUACAACUGAAUCACUAGAAGGAAAAACAGUUCAACGUUCAGAAGAUCUAGAUUCAAAACAAACCAGUUUACCGGGAACAGAUGCAGAAAAACAAGAUGCACAAAGAGAGGGAGAAACACCAUCUCCGCCAUUAGUUAAUAACAACGAUCAAGGAACAUCAUCACCACCAGGACAUGCAACAAAAGAGAUCGUAUCUGGAAGGGAAUCAGAAGAAACAUCUGUAUUACUAGGAAGCCCACCUCGAUUAGAAGGAGAAUCAGACUCAUCAGUAGUACUGACAACAAAACCUGAGGAAGAAGCAUCAUCGCCUACAUCGGCAGAACAACCAAGACCACCAGAAGUAGACUCACAUUCAAAACCAGCAGGAUUAGAAAACGCAGAUACGCAAAAGGAACCAGUGAGUGGAUCAGUGGAAAGACCAACAGCAGAAACAAAGGACGAAAAAGCAGUAGAAACAGAGGAAAAACAAGCAGAACAAACAGAAGAAGAACCAGUAGCACAAACAGAGGAUACACUCGAAGCAGGACCAGUAGAUGGAAAAGAAGGUGAUGAAGAUAUAGGUCGAAAAACAUUAGAAGAGGCGAAAAGAGAUGGAGACCCACCAGUUCCACCUGUCCAUAAACCCGAACAACCAAUGGUACAAAUACAAAAGGGAAAAAAAGAAGAACAAAAUAUACUCGAACCAGUAAGUUUGCCCAAUGGGGAAACUCAUAAUACUGUAGAUGUAGAUGAAGCGAUAACAGAUGAAAUAGAAGAGGAACAAAAGCAAGAGGAGGAUGAGGAGGAAGAUAUUAGUGAGGAAGAAAUACAAAAAUUGAUACAGGAUGACGGAAUGCAAGAAGGAGAAAGACUAAAAGAAGGAGAUGAUGAAGAAGAAGAGGAAGACGAAAUAGAAAAGAACGAAGAAGAAAACGAAACGAAUAAUCCAGACAAAGCGGAUGAAUCAGGUCAUAUAAAUAAAGUAAAGGAAGGGGAAACAAAAAACGAAGCUCCUAAUGAUAAUAAUAUUCAUAAGUCACUUACAGAAGAAUAUAAAAAUGAUAAUGAUGUUAAAAAAGUAGCCGAAGAGGUAGUAAAAAAAGUAAUUGAUUCAGUUAGCUCAGAUACUACAGUUUUGAAUACGCUUAAAGGGUUAGAAAAUUACAUGCACCAAUAUUUCCAAUAUGUAUAA